GCGUAUCUCCUGCGUGUAUGCGUGUGUCUGUGUGUGUAGCCGUGCUCCGGGGGUGAAGCCGCAGAAAAGCCUUCUCCAUAAUGCGGGGCGUGAGGCGCUCCGUGCAGUGAUCGGAGCGGCUCCAGGGGGGAGGAGCAGGAGGUGUUUUCGUACCGCUCCCAGCCCGUGUCUGCAGGCACCGGCCAGAUACAACCAUGUCGAACCGAAAGCACCGGGACAACCAGGAGAUCUGCUCCCGCAAGGUCCGAGAGCUGGCCCAGUCCGGGGUAAACAAACACUGCUUCGAGUGCAACCAGCCCGGGGUGACAUACACGGACAUCACGGUGGGCAGCUUCGUCUGCACGUCGUGCUCCGGAAUGCUGAGAGGCCUCAACCCUCCCCACAGAGUCAAAUCCAUCUCCAUGACAACUUUCUCCCAACAGGAAGUGGAAUUCCUCCAGAACCAUGGCAAUGAGGUUGGUCGAAGAACCUGGCUGUGCGUGUUUGAUCCGAAGGCCGAUGGCUGCCCCGACUUAAAGGAUCCUCAGAAGUUCAAAGAGUUUCUUCAGGAUAAAUAUGAAAAGAAGAAAUGGCAUUUUUCCAAAAGCAAAAACCGGAGGGACGUGGAGGGCCCCUGGAGUCCCGGCGUCCAAGCCGUUCCCUCUUCCCAUGGUCCAUUAUCGAGCCAGGGCCCCUCCCAUAACUUGCCACCUAAUGCCAGAUCUACGAGGCCACUGUCUCAGUCGCAGCUGCCAUCAUGGGAUCGCGCUCCCACCAUCUCGCCCGCUGACAUGCGGACCGACGCGUUCACGGCCAGGCCUUCGCGCUCGCAGAGCUUUCGAGAUCCCCCUCUGAAAGACUCCACGCUGUGUGGCAUAGAAAGACAGCGACCGGGAUCCCUGUCGUCAGCACUGGGAGGUCAGAGCCACGGCCCAUCGUUCCCCGCCCUCCCAAGACCCUCAGCCAGUAGCUCGUUCAAAAACCACUUCACUUUAGGUCGUACAGUGUCAGUCUCAGGAGUCACAGGGCCCUUCAGGGCCUUCCCAAAAUCUCUGAGUGUGGAUUUCGGAGGUCUGAACCAUCCUCAGCAGCAGUCCAUCCCACAGUCUCUGUCCCAGCCGCAGCAGCAGCAGCAGCAGCCGGUCGGCGUCAGCCAGACGACACCGCCGGUCAGCGCGUCCAGCAACCGGGACAAGUACGCUGCCGUGUCGCAGCUGGACAGUGUCUUUUCUGAAACAUCUUCAGCUGCAGCUCCACCUAGUGGCCCUCCGCAGUACAGCGCUAUCUUUGGCAGCAGGCUCUCGUCCAGCUCCACUCCUGCCAGCUCCCCCGGAGUCGAUGCUGUAUCCAGCUCCCAAAGUUUUGGAAAUUUCCCAAACCCAUUCAGCUCCAGCGCCGGGUCGGCUUCCCAGCAGCCUGUUGCCCUCUCCCCCAGUAACCCCUUCAGCAGCGCCUCAGGAGGCGACUCCGGGGCGUUUGUCACUUCGCCCACCUCCGUUUUCCCUCCGUCUGCUUCCUUCCCGGCUCCUGCCACCCAGAAUGCAUUUCACCACGAGUCAGUCGCCAAUCAAGAAACCAACGGUUUCGCCUCGUUCCCCGAGCCUGACUCUCAGCCCAAAGUCCCUCGGCCCAUGUCUGUGAACCCGUUCACGGGGAAUGUCUACCCCAGUCGGGGGACAUCGAAAAAUCCCUUCAUCUGACCCCUCCCCCCGCCUCCCCUCCAUCUCCUCAUCCCACGCCUCUCCUCACUUCGCUGGGAACCGAGGGAGGAGUGAACUUGAGGAGCUGCUGCCAUUUCAAAGCCUCUGGAGUAUUUCCACCCGGUCGGGGAGGGUCGGACCCUCCUCCAUCCCGCCCUCCCUGCCUCCUUCUCUCCUCUGUGUCUGUGUUUACGUGUUUGUGGAGGAAAGAAAAAUAACAGAAGAGGGUGUGAAUGUAACAAUGAAACUGUAUGUGUGUGUGUGUGUGUGUGUGUGUGUGUGUGUGUGUGUGUGUGUGUGUGUGUGUGUCAGGGUGUUUUUCUGUGACAGUAGAUGCCACCUCAGGGCUCUGUGGGAGUCACGAGUGAACAAUGCCUCUUUAAUUUUACCCACAAAUUAUACCACACACACACACAUGUUGCUGCUGCUGCUAUCAUGCUUUCAUCUCCUGCUUAUAAGUGCAAAAAUAUAUAUAUAUAUAUAUAUAUAUAAAAGAAACACACCCCUGCAAAAACAGCCCACCGGUAAGAACGUCCUCUGCUUUAAAAUCUUUGAAUCUUAGCUGGUGGGACAGAGACUUUGACUUGUCAUCACACAUGCCCUGCAAAUAAUUUUGAACAGCCUUAACAACCUCGUGAUGCACGUGAAUUAGCGUCUCAAGAAAGACGAACGUAUGUGUGUGCGUGUGUGUGUAUGGAACAUGUUUGCAUUUCUCACUUUUUUUUUUUUAAUUCCUGGUCAAAUUAUCGAUCAGUGAUUAUCAGUGUUUUUCACUCUCAGGCUGCAUGCGCUUAUAGGGCUAAAAGGAGAUGCUACUGAAUGUAAAAGCAAAUUUCAGAAAACAAACAAAAAAAAUCCCAAAACGAUAAGAGACAUAAAAUAUGUAUAAAAAGUUCACAGCUUCAUUUUACUGGACCAAAAUGCUUUCUUGUUUCUUUUAAUUGAGGUAAAGGUUAUUUCUUUUAUUUUGCCAAAAAGAACAAAAAAGUAAGAGUUUCAUGUAUUAACCUCUUUGUAACGACACGUAUUCAUGUUCAUAAAAUCAACUUCUUAAUA